CAGCUUUUAAUUCAUAUUAAAAUAGAAAUAUUGAAAACACUGGAGAGAGUAUUUCAUAAGGUGUUGGAAUUUAACAAAAAAGCGUAAUCCAUAUUAAAAUAUUUACAAAAAAUAUACAGUAGUAAAUUAUUUACAAUCCGUAUCGAUUCUCCACUUAACCGACAAUACGACCGCCGCCUCCUCCAACCAGAACUGCCGCUAAUUCAGCCAUCGGAACCGCCGUUAGAGAAAAAAUGGGGGCGGAGGCCGAGAAAAUUCAGCAAUCAGCGAUACCUGCUAUGAAUCCGAACCCUAAUUCCAUAACAGAAGCUCAAUUCGCCGCCUGGAAACGUCGAAAGGAUGCUGAUGCUUCUGCCAGAAAAGAGGCAGCUGCGAGGAAGCGUGUGGAGGAUAUAGCUGCAGGAGUGGUUCAGAUGAAUGGCCGUGAACUCUUUGAGCACGAGCCUUGGGUUUUCGAUGACACAAGUUACUAGGAUUUGACAUGGAGUACCAAUAGCAACAACUCAUGGAAUGCUUUGAAGUAUUUAAGUAGUGGAGAGGAAAAGUGGAAUGCAUGAAGGUAGGAGAACAAUGUGGAACUAUUAUGUAGGAUUUUAAAGGGAUAAAUAGGAAAAUUUGUUACUUCGAUAGGAAAUUAAAGGAGAGAUCUUAUCUUAUGGAUUUGAAGAUAUCAAAUGAAGAGAACUCCACAAAAGGUAGACGUGCAGAUUUUUUGAUUCAUAGACUUAUAAUGAAUCCCUAAACCUGAGUGUGAAUAAUUAUCUGAGACCUUGACUUUUUAUGUUUUGCCUAACCACUUUAUCAUAGUUUGGACUUCAAA